GGAAGAGUUUAAAAAGAUUCAGAAAAGUGUCGGAAAAUUUGUCUACGAAAAACCAGCCGGUCCGAGAGAGUCUUCGACUAAUUACACAGCCUGUAUAUUGAAAGAGAGAAAAAAAAGGAGACGUCGACGGAAUUUCACGGGGACUUCCUAUCUGCGUUUCAAGCUACCUCGGAAAGUCAGCGGCAACCUGCCUCUCGGUUUUCAGAGCUCUUCCCCAGCUCCUCUGUAAAUAGACUAAAAAAAACGACAGAAUGACAACGCAUUUCAGGAGCGGCCCAGCCUUUGGACUUUCUGCCGAGGUUAAGAGCAAGCUGGCUGGCAAGUAUGACCCACAGAAAGAAGAGGAGCUGAGGCUGUGGAUUGAGGAUGUGACUGGGAAAAGAAUCGGGGACGGCUUCAUGGAGAGUCUGAAGGAUGGAAUCCUGUUGUGCGAGCUCAUUAAUGUCCUCCAGCCAGGUUCAGUUAAGAAGAUCAACCAUUCCACCCAGAACUGGCACCAGCUGGAAAACAUCGGGAACUUUGUCCGUGCCAUCACAGACUACGGCCUGAGGCCACACGACAUCUUCGAGGCCAACGACCUGUUUGAGAAUGUCAACCACACUCAGGUCCAGAGCUCUCUCAUCGCUCUGGCCGGAACGGCCAAAUCUAAAGGUUUCCACUCUAAGUACGAUUUAGGGGUGAAAUAUGCUGAGAAACAGCAGCGACGCUUCGCUCCCGAGAAGCUCAGGGAGGGUCGGAACAUCAUAGGUUUGCAGAUGGGCACCAACAAGCUUGCCAGUCAAAAGGGAAUGACCUCUUACGGGACGCGUCGUCAUCUGUAUGACUCCAAGAUUGGCAUGGACAAACCAGAGGACCAAUCGACUAUCAGCCUGCAGAUGGGCACCAACAAGGGAGCCAGCCAGGCUGGGAUGACGGCUCCAGGGACCAGGAGGCACAUCUUUGACAAGAACCUGGGCCUGGAGAACUGCGACACCACCACCAUCUCCCUCCAGAUGGGCACCAACAAAGUGGCCUCCCAACAGGGCAUGACCAGUUACGGCCUCCCUCGCCAGGUCUUUGACAACAAGUACUGCACCAACCCCACCGAGGCCUACUAUGACAAUGGCGACGAGGCGGAGUUUGACGGCUACCAGUACUCUGACUAAAAGGAGAACCCAAAAGGAAAGAAGAAACCCCAACGUGGACAGCUUUUCCCCCUUACUAUAACUCAGAACAACCACCCACUGCCGUCUUUGUGACCAGCAAGCCCUUCCAGACUGUUAUUUAAAUCUGAAUGACGUCAUCGUCGUCUUCAUUUCCCUCCCCUCCUUUUUCCUAAGCAUGUUUUUUACUCUUAGGAAUUUAUUGUUUGCCUUUCUACGAGCAAACAAAAAGAAAAAAAAAAAAGAAAGCGUUUACACAGAUCUUUAUGUCCAAGAAAAAUGUCCUGCUGUCGCCACGGUUACUGUUUUUUACAGCUUAAAGAUACUCACACGAUGCUCAGACGUUGACUAUUUUACUGACCUUUGCUAUUUAUAUCUGAAUUUUUUCCUAUUGCUUUUUAUGCUUGUAAUUAGUUUUUUGUUUUUUUUUAGCUCUUUGUGUCUCUAACCUCACAUCCUUACCCCCCCAAAACAGUAGGGACCGUUUGGGACCACGCAGAAGCUCGGCGUCCUGGGACCAAUCGGAGAUCAGGAUGCAGGACCCGUAGCUUUGCGUGGCGAGCACCUGUGCUAAAACGGGUGGGUGCGUUCCUGCUUCAUUUGUGGGGGAGAGUUUUUCGAACGGGAAGGUUUGUGCGAUGUACAGUCGGCUGCUUUUAUAAAGGAGCAAAUGUAGGUGUUGUGGUACCCAGUUUAGAGUUUGGUGAACGUUUUAUUCAGCAGUUUUUAGUGAUGCGACUUUCAGUCUGGCCUCUGUGAGCUUUGGCUUUACGGUUGCAGCUCUUUUGCACUUUACCCAGCUUCACCUUUGUGACUUUUUUUUUCCCCAUUUGAUGCCUUUUUAUACUUCAACUGUUCUAAAAAAAAAAAAACACAUGGGGUAAUGUUUUCAUCUGCAUUUGUCAGAUAAUAGAAUAGUAGAUAGAUUCAAUUGAACACUUUCAGUGUCCACUCUGUAAAAGCAGAAUUCUUCAGGCUGGUUUGUGGUCUUUUUGGGACAACUGAGUAAGAAUUGAAUGGGGCUCUGUUCUCUUCGUCUUUUCGGUCCGCUGCCCCAAACCCAUAUCGGUUCACAUCAUGUCGCAGCACUCCCCCGCAAAGAUCCUCCUCAGGACAAGCCCCCGUCUUGUUCUUCUAAAGCCUUCCCUUCGUUCUGUUGUGUUUUAUGAAUGACAGGUUGAUGGUAGUAAACAGCCAUAUUUGGGCAGUAAUGCAGGCAGCUGUAGAGGGACCUGUACAAGGGUGACAUCUAGUGUUGCUUAUUGGGUGCUCCUUUACUGUAUUGUCACCAGAUGUCUACUCUUUUCACAUUUCCCAAAUAUUUCAAAAUUGAAAUGGUGAAUAUCUGAUUUCAUUCCCCUUCUUAUAAUUACAAAAGAACUGAUGGACGUUAUGUAAAGAAUCAUUUCACCCCAACCUGUUUUUUGUAUCCAACCCUACUUUCCUCACACGCCUUUCACGAAACAUGACAUUUGUGCAAUAAAAACACAUCAAAAUGGU